UUUUUUCUAAUUUACAGAUGCAUUUUAAUUUUCAUUCCUUUUUCUGGCUUAUUUUUCUCGUAAUUGUUGAGUCAACUCCUACCCACUACGAAACUUUAAAUGUUCCACAAAAUGCGUCAACCGUAGCGAUAAAAACUAAUUACAGAGAAUUAAUGAAGAAACAUCAUCCUGAUAAAAAUAGAAAUGACCCUAAUGCCGAUGCAAUUACAAAAAAAUUAAUUGAGGCCCAUAGAAUUCUUACUAAUGAGCAAGAACGCACGAAAUAUGAUAAAAGUUUGCCUACAUCUUUAUCAUCUCAUGCAACUACUGGUGGAUCAUCUACAACGUCAGCAGGAUCAACAUCAACUAAUAGAGCAGCUUCGACGUCUGCCAGACCAUCUGCAACACAUGGUCGACAAGCUGCAACGCCUAAAACAUCAGCUACAACAUCUAAGAGAUCAUCUGCAACGUCUAGUUGA